AGAUGCUACGGGUACAGGUCCGUACCUCUAGUACAGAUGCUACGGGUACAGGUCCGUACCUGUAGCAUCAACCUUCAUCGUCUGGUUCUUCUUCUGUGUUUUCAUCGUCUGGUUCUUCUUCUGUGUUUUCAUCGUCUGGUUCUUCUGUGUUUUCAUCAUCUGGUUCUUCUUCUGUGUUUUGAUCGUCUGGUUCUUCUUCUGUGUUUUGAUCGUCUGGUUCUUCUUCUGUGUUUCCAUCGUCUGGUUCUUCUUCUUCUGUGUUUUGAUCGUCUGGUUCUUCUUCUGUGUUUUGAUCGUCUGGUUCUUCUUCUGUGGUUCCAUCGUCUGGUUCUUCUUCUGUGGUUCCAUCGUCUGGUUCUUCUUCUGUGGUCUGAUCGUCUGGUUCUUCUUCUGUGGUUUCAUCGUCUGGUUGUUCUUCUGUGGUUUCAUCGUCUGGUUCUUCUUCUGUGGUUUCAUCGUCUGGUUCUUCUUCUGUGGUUUCAUCGUCUGGUUCUUCUUCUGUGGUUUCAUCGUCUGGUUCUUCUUCUGUGGUUCCAUCAUUUGGUUCUUCUGUGGUUCCAUCGUCUUGUUCUGCAGAUCUACGAGGCCAUCGAUAACCACGACGGUUCGUUUUGCGCUGAGCUCCUGUCCUUCAAACAUCCCCACGUGGCCAACCCCCGCCUGCAGCUGGCGAGUCCAGAGGAGAAAUGUCAGCAGGUUCUGGAACCGCCGUACGAUGAGAUGGUGGCAGCUCACCUCAGGUGUACCUACGCUGUGGCCAAUCACGACUUCGUUGAGGCCUACAAGUUCCAGACGCUCGUGGUUCAGUCCUUCCUCAGAGCCUUCCAGUCCCACAAAGAGGAGAACUGGGCGCUGCCGGUGAUGUUCUCCGUCACUCUGGAUCUGAGGAUCUUUGCCAACAACGCUGAGCAGCAGCUGCAGAAGAAAGCGAAAGGUCAGCCAGGAGAGAUGCUGGAGAAAGCAGCAGAACAACUGAUGAGCUGCUUCAGGGUGUGUGCCAGUGACAAUCGUGCAGGAAUUGAGGACUCAAAGAAAUGGGGCAUGAUGUUUCUGAGCAACCAGCUGUUCAAGAUUUACUUCAAGAUCAAUAAGCUCCAUCUGUGUAAGCCUCUGAUCAGAGCCAUCGACAGCUCCAACCUGAAGAAUGACUACAGCCCUGCUCAGAAGGUCACCUACAAAUACUACGUGGGCCGCAAGGCCAUGUUCGACAGCGACUUCAAACCAGCUGAAGAGUUCCUGUCCUUUGCCUUCCAUCACUGCCAUCGGUCGAGUCAGAAGAACAAGAGGAUGAUCCUGAUCUACCUGCUGCCAGUCAAGAUGCUGCUGGGCCACAUGCCGACCCAUCAGCUCCUCAGGAAGUACGACCUCAUGCAGUUUGCUGAUGUCACCAAGGCUGUGAGUGAAGGAAACCUGCUGCUGCUGAACGAAGCUCUGAACAAACAUGAGACCUUCUUCAUCCGCUGCGGCAUCUUCCUGAUCCUGGAGAAGCUGAAGAUCAUCACCUACAGGAACCUGUUCAAGAAAGUGUAUCUCCUGCUGAGGACCCACCAGCUGCCUCUGGAUGCCUUCCUGGUGUCUCUGAAGAUGAUGCAGGUGGAGGACGUGGACAUCGAUGAGGUUCAGUGCAUCCUGGCCAACCUGAUCUACAUGGGCCACAUUAAAGGCUACAUCUCCCAGCAGCACCAGAAGCUGGUGGUCAGCAAACAGAACCCGUUCCCUCCUCUGUCCUCGGUCUCCUGAACCCCGUUACCCACAAUCCUCUGGACUGUUGCACACCUCAGCCCUCCUUUUCUACUCUUUUAUUUUGUACUGUUGAAUAAAUCUCUGCUGGUUUGUAGAA